AGCCAGGGGCGUGAAACCGCGAGCUCGCGAUGGCUGCCGAGAGUUCGUCGACGUUACGCGUCGAUAGCGUUCUUUUCGCGCAUCGUCCAGUCGCGACUUCGCGAUUCGUCGCUAAUUACCAUCGUGCUUGCAGUGAAACCGCGCGAGAAAAAGUUGCCGAUACUCGCUGGUACGCGUUGCACGAGGUGGUACAGUAGGGGGCUCGGAAGAUCGAAUCGAUCCGAAGCGCAUCGAUCAUUUCAGACUGCAGCAUGUUGUUCCUGACCGUGACAGCAUGUCUGGUGAUCGCGGUGCAGGCCGGAUGCCCUAUGAGACCGACCGCGGAACAAACUUCCGCUUCGAGGACCACGGGCGACGGUGGCUAUAGGAUACUCGUUAGCGGGAAGGCCGACAAAUAUAUUCCCAACGCUGUUUACACGAUCAGUUUGCAAGGCUCGAGGACGCACGAGAGGCUGCAGCAGUUCACGCGGUUCACGCUGUCGGUGCAGUCCCAACACGCACCGAAUAAUCCCGCCGCACGAGUAGGAUACUUCCAGCUCUUCCCCGACUCCUUGACGACCUUCAACGAGGACUGCGUCAAUACCAUCACGGAAGCUUCCGAUUAUCCCAAGUCCGAGGUCCAAGCGAUGUGGAGGGCACCGACGUCAGGAUCAGGAUGCGUUGUCUUUACAGCCAUGGUGCUGGAGAAUAACGUGCGUUGGUAUGCCGAGGAUGGCGGCCUAACCAAGACCUUCUGCGAAAUGGCCACAGACGAGGCCGAGACCUUGCAGGAGGACAAGUGCUGUGCCUGCGACGAGGCGAAAUACUCGCUGGUAAUGGAAGGAAUCUGGUCGAACGUGACCCAUCCGAAGGACUUUCCGUUCUCCGUUUGGUUGACCCAUUUCAGCGACGUGAUCGGCGCCUCUCAUGUACCUAGCUUCUCCUUCUGGGGUAAGGACCACGUCGCCACCGAUGGCUUCCGGCAGUUGGCCGAGUGGGGCUCCGCGUCCGGCGUGGAGGCCGAGCUCAGAGCUAACUCUAAUCAAUUAAGAACGCUCGUCAAAGCUGCUGGAUUGUGGUACCCCAACGUAAACAAAAACACCACUACCAGUUUCAGAGUCGACAGGAAACACCCUCUGCUCUCCGUGGCUUCCAUGCUGGGACCUUCUCCGGACUGGGUGGUCGGUGUGAGCAAACUGAACCUCUGCAGGAAAGACUGCACCUGGACGAAGAGCGAGAUAAUCGAUCUGUACCCGUGGGACGCUGGCACUGACAAUGGAAUUUCAUACAUGUCGCCUAAUUCUGAAACGAAACCACGAGAGAAGAUGAAACCCAUCACCACGUUGUAUCCCGAAGAUCCUAGAUCACCGUUCUACGACCCGACCGGGAGACCCAUGAUGCCACUGGCCAGGCUGUAUUUGAACAGGGAGAAGACCAUUCCGCGAAGUUGCGACGAUGACGCUAUUCAGCAACAAGUCGCGCAGCUCGAGGUCGCCGAGAACACGGAGGACACCACCAGGCCCGAGUGUCAGACCACGGAGUACUCUGCCUGGACGAGCUGCUCGGUGACGUGUGGCAAGGGAUUGAGGAUGCGUAGCAGAACUUAUCUGAUGCCGCAGAAGGCAGAGAUGCUGCAUUGCAACCGACAGUUGGUUUCCAAGGAGAUGUGCGUGGCGUCGAUUCCAGAAUGCCCGGGCGAAGAGGUUCCAGACGACGGUGGUUUGCUACCCAAUAACAACGCCCUCUGCGAUACCACCGAUUGGAGCGAAUGGAGCGAGUGUUCGUCCACGUGUGGCGCCGGGUUAAGGACGAGAACCAGGCGGUUUAGGGAUCGCAUGGGUCGUAAACAAUGCUUUAACAUACCGCUCAUCGAUAGAACGAAAUGCAUGGAAGCGCCCUGCCCGCCCGGCUUACAGGAACAUAUCGAUCCUGCGUGCAAAGUGACGGAUUGGUCGGAUUGGUCUCCCUGCAGCGCUUCCUGCGGGAAAGGCGUGAAAAUGAGAACCAGACUGUUGCUGGUAGAACCGUCGAAGCAGCAAGAAUGUUCCUCCAAGAUAGAAAUGGUCCAGCAACGUCCUUGUUUGGAGCAGGCUGACUGUACGUUUGACAUGGCGACUGCGAAAGUGGUCUGCAUGGAGGAAAUCAACCCUGGCCCCUGCAGAGGCUACUUCCAGAGAUGGGCAUUCGUCCCGCAGAAGCUGAUGUGCGUACCCUUCGGCUAUGGUGGUUGUCGUGGUAACAGGAACAACUUCUUGACUCUCGAGGAGUGCAACAAUACCUGUGCCAUUGUACGGGAGAUCCUUAGCGGACAGUCCGUGGACGGAGGUGGCACCCCGGACGUCAAACCCAUAGCUCCGGCACCUGUCCAUUGUGUCGUGAGCAGUUGGUCACCAUGGUCACCGUGCAGCGUGAAUUGUGGUGCGGGUCGCGUUAGCAGUUAUCGCACGAUCGAGCAAGAACCACAGCACGGCGGAAACCCUUGUCCCAAGAAACUUCACAGACGCUCCAGGUGUCAGUUGGCUCCAUGCGAGUAAUACUUGGGAGAAGUUUCACUUUCGUACGAUUAUCGCUGGUGAGACGACGAACGAAAGAUAAAACGGUGGGUUCAGCUUCACUCGAGCAAGCUUCGUUGUUCUGAUUCGAGAAAUUUGAUAAAGGAAAGAUCUUUCGGUCUUUCGAAAUCGUAAAUCCCCGAAACGGAUUAUAGCAUUAGCUUUUAUACGACAUGGUGGGUAUGAAAUAAACCUAUGUAUCAGAA